CUGUAUAAACAACGACAAAUCAACAUUUCCUCUCUCUCUCUCCUUCUUUUCUGCAUUUUCAAACCCAAAACAAAAGUAAAUUCAAAAAAGAAUUAAGUCGAAAACUGAGCCGGAAGAAACGAGAAAUGGCUACACAGUCGACGACGAAAGCGAUUGGGAGAGUUGACUACGAAGGCGGCGAUCAUCAUGAGGCGGCGGCGGCGUCCUCCUCCUCCUCCGCUAGCUGCUCUCUGUCCGCAAUUAACGAGGACAUUCUCCGGACACACAUCCUGACGCGGCUCGACGGCGUCGCUCUCCUCUCCGCCGCCUGCGCCUCCACGGAGCUCAGCUCGCUCGCUUCACAAGACAAUUUAUGGCAGAACGUCUGCCGGUCAACGUGGCCGUCCACCGACGUUCCCCGCCUCCAGGAAGUGAUCUCCGCCUUCCCCGACGGCCACCGCUCCUUCUUCUCCGCCUCCUUCCCUCUCCUGGCCGACAUGGAGCCUUACUCCGAGCCGGCCUCCGCUGCCUCCGAGAUUUUCGCGGAGGAGCUGAUCUCCGCGGUGGACAUCUACCACCGCGGGGAGCUGAUUUUCAGCAGGGCGGUGGAGACGGAGACCGGAACCGGGUGGUUCCGCUGCUCCCCGUUUCGGGUCGACCUGCUGGACCCGAAGGACACGUGUCCGACCCGGAUCCCCCGCCCCGAGACCGAGGCAGGGUGCAGGGAGCUGGGCGAGGAGCUGACCCUGAGCUGGGUGCUGGUCGACCCGGCGGGCCGGCGGGCGGUGAACCUGUCGAGCCACCGGCCCGUAUCGGUGCAGAAGCACUGGCUGAGCGGCGACGUGCACGCGCGGUUCGCGGUGGUGCUGGCCGGGGAGAAGGGUGCGGCGUCGGAGUCGGUCCAGUGCGGGAUCGUGGUCACGUGCGGGGGCGGGGUCGAGGAAGGGGCGAUGCACGUGAGGGAAGUCAGCCUGCAGAUGGAGAACCUGGACGGGAUGUACAUGAGCGGGAAGGAGAGUUUGGGGGUUUUGGGGAGGGCGUUUGGUGGGGCCAGAAAGGGGAUGAAACGGGAAAGAGGAAGGGAAGAAGGAGGGAGGCGGUACGAGGAGUUUUUGGCGAUGAAACGGCGGCGGAGGGAGAGGAAGUUGAGAGCGGAAGGCGCCAUGGAUACACUGUGCAUGGCUUCUGCUGUGUUCGUCUUCGCUUCUCUCGCCUUCCUUUUCCUGUGGGGACGAUGAAGUUUGAAGGACCCGAAGACCUUGAGAAUUUGAUCAAAUCGUACAGAAUUACGGAAAAAAGAAAGUAAUUUUAGACAUUAUAUACAUACACUUCAAUUUGUUUGGUAAUUUUUUGCAAAAGAUACAUAGUUACUUUGCGGUGUACAGUUGUGGGACUUUGUUGGUAAUGCUCACAUUUUACAUCAAUUCUUUGAUACCACUAAAUCUAAAUGCUUAUACUGUCAAAAAAAAAAAAUCUAAAUGCUUGAAAGUAACACUAAAAUCUACCAGAAUAUCAAGGUGUUCCUACUUCUAAAUUCCAAUCGUAGGAGAGAUUGCGCCAACAACUUAUACUCGUAACUCCAAGAAUUCAACUUACUCCUAAAAUUUACUUGUCACGAAAUUUGAAUUUAGAGAGAAGAAGAGUUGCAAAUAAACCAAUUACAACUACUCCUAUUGAAAAUGUUGGAUAUUUUAGGAGGGGAAGGAAUAUAUACCUUAUUAAUUUUCAUAUUUAUCCAACAUAAAAAGGAGGAAUUCGAUAGUCGAUACCGUCCCCAAAACCUAGGUUCGAUCCUAGAACAACAUUCUAAGUAUUUACUUCCACUCUCCACGAUCUAAAUUGCGAGAUCCUUACAUGAACACAAUCAUAAACUUGUAACAAACUACAGGCUACAAGUAACUCUUCCUCUUUGGUACCAGCGACAACACUAAUAAUGUUCACAUUUACUUGCAUUCCAUUAGUAAAUGACCUGAAAAAGG